AUGCAUAUAUACAUAUAUGUAUGGCCAAGCUCAUAUCGCCCACAACUCAUACUUAUCGGUAAAGAUGUAUAAAAAUGCACGGUCUUGAUUGUCCGGCCAGUUAUUAUAUUGAGAACGUUUAAGAGCAGCCACGUCAACAGAAGAAGUAAAAUUCUCGAAAAGGAAGACUAGAUUUGAAGAAUCUUAUUAGGACUUUUAAAAAUAUUAACCACCAAUAAUGUCGCCGAAAUUGAUUUUAUAUGGCAACAAAUUGAGUCCACCCGUCCGCGCUGUGCUGCUCACUCUCAACGCACUCAAUUUAGACUUUGAAUUCCGUGUAUUGGAUCUUUUCGCCAAAGAACAAUUGCAACCGGAAUUCCUAAAAAAGAAUCCCCAGCACACAGUACCCGCUCUGGAGGACGGUGAACACAUUAUCGUGGACUCGCAUGCGAUUGCUGCCUAUCUGGUGCGCAAGUACGGCAAGGACGACACCCUCUAUCCUGAAGAUUUCCAUGCACGCGCCAUCGUUGACCAGCGUCUGUACUAUGAAGCAGCCACCUUGUUUGCCACCUGCCUCAAGCCAAUCACUGGACCGCUCUUUCACGAAAAUGUCACUGAGGUGCCAAAGCAGAAAUUAGAUCAAAUAAGCGAAGCCUAUACCACGCUGGAGGCUUUCUUCGCUCAAGGCCCAUAUGUAGCGGGUGAAAAUUUGACAAUUGCCGAUUUCAGUAUUGUGUCCACAGUAAGCUCCUUCAAUGCGGCUUUUGUGCCCAUCAGCAAAGAUAAGUGGCCGAGAUUAGCCGAAUGGCUGAAGCGUUUGGAAGCACUGCCAUAUUAUGCAGAAGCCAAUGGUGCUGGUUUAAAGAUGUAUGCGGCUUUGAUAAUCAGUAAAUUGCCGAAGCAAUAUGAGAAACUGUGGAAAAAGGCAUUGGAAGAUAUCAAGAGUGGCAAGCAGUGAGACGAUCGAUCGAUCGAUUGUCGUCACGCAACCUUUAAGUAUUAUGUAAUACACUUCUUAAAUGAAAAUAAUGUAAAUAAAUAUUUAUAAGCAUA